AGUCCUUCUGGACGGAAACAAGUUCAUUUCCCCCCACUUGCCUCUCUGUAGGAAAAGAGCGGCUCGAGGAGCUGAAGCUCGCGCAAGAUGAGAGAGAUCGAGAGAGAGCACGCGCUGUGUUUAUUCGCUUUGUUGUGAAGAAAACUAGCAGGUGAACGAGGCGGUUGUUCUCGUUGGAAACCUGCGCAUUCCUCCACGCAGAGAGAGAGAGAGAGAGAGAGAGAGCCACGCAGGGACUGACCGAACGGGAGCAGGAGGACCGGGAAGCGGACUGAAUGAAUUCGCUCUCUAAAGAUGGCUUCAUUUCCAGACUCUGACCUGCAGACGUGUCCGCUCUGCAAGGAGCUGUGCGGAUCCUCUGCCCCCAUCUCCUCCAGCUCCUCCACCUCCUCCAGCUCCUCGCACACCUCCACCUCCUCCACCCACCACACCUCCAAGCGGCUGCACGUCCUGCCCUGCCUGCACGCCUUCUGCAGGCAGUGCCUGGAGGGCCAGCGCAGCCCCAACGAACCCCUGAAGCUGCGGUGCCCCACCUGCGACCAGAAGGUCUCCAUCACGGAGGCCGGGGUGGACUCCCUGCCUUCCACCAACUUCCUCUUCAGCAACCUGCUGGACGUGGUGGUGAGCUCGGAAGAUCAGAUCCAGAAUAAGAACGGCCACCACCACCACCGUGGAGGCUUGAUAGGAGGCUCCUCGGGCUUCCUCCCCUCGCACAGUGGCCUUUUGCACCCGCAGCACAUCAGAGAGCCUCAGUGCAGCUCCUGCGAUGAGGAGAACCCAGCCACGUCCCACUGCCUUGACUGCCAGGAGUACCUCUGUGACAACUGCGUGCGGGCGCACCAGAGGGUCCGGCUGACCAAAGACCACUUCAUCGAGCGCCUGGGAGACAGCCUCCACCUCAGCCGGGUCAACAGCAACACGAGCCAGCCUGGGGUGUCCGUGUCCCUCGCCCAGUCCCUGCAGAACAACUUCGCCCUGCUGUCCCUGUUCCAAGACCGCAUGAACUUCUGCCAGCACCACGACGGCGAGGUGUUUCUCUUCUUCUGUGAAACCUGCUCGGUGCCGAUCUGCAGGGAGUGCAGCGCGGGUCGCCACAUGGGCCACACUUUUGUUUACCUGCAGGACGCUGUGCAGGACUGCCGGGCCAUCACCAUCCAGCUGCUGGCAGAUGCGCAGCAGGGACGACAGGCCGUCCAGCUAAGCAUGGAGAAAGUCCAGGCCAUGGCAGAGCAGGUGGAGAUCAAGGCAAAGGUGGUGCAGACUGAAGUGAAGGCGCUUGUCCUGAGGCACAAAAAAGCACUGGAGGAGAGAGAGUGUGAACUUCUGUGGAAGGUGGAGAAAAUCCGCCAGGUGAAAGCCAAAUCUUUGUACCUGCAAGUGGAGAAACUCCACCAGAGUCUCACCAAACUGGAUGGCACCAUUGCUGCUGUGAGCCAGGUCCUGGAUGAGGGCCACCACCUUGAUGUGCUGCUGGCCAGGGAGAGGAUGCUCACCCAGAUCCACGAACUCAAGGCACUCAGGGGCCUGCUGCAGCCGCAGGAGGACGACCGCUUCAUGUUCACUCCUCCAGACCAGGCUCUAUAUAUUGCCAUCCAGUCCAUGGGUAUGAUCAGCAGCGGAGCCUUCGCCCCCGUCACCAAAGCUCACGGUGAAGGUCUGAAAAACGUGCUCCGUGGCAAGCCUGCCUCUUUCACCGUCAUCGGAUACGAUCACGACGGCGAGCCGCGCCUCUCCGGCGGGGACGCCGUGUCUGCCGUCGUCAUGUCGGCCGCAGAUGGCAACCUGUCCGCCGUGGAGGUAACGGACCACCAGAACGGCACCUACACCGUCAGCUACUUCCCCAAAACCGAGGGGGAGCUUCUGGUGUCGGUCCUGGUGUGUAACCAACACAUCCAGGGCAGUCCCUUCAAAGUGACGGUGAAGUCGGGGCGGAGCUACGGCUCCCUGGGUUCCCAGGUGUCGUCGUUCGGCUGCGAGGGGGAGGGAGACGGCCAGCUGUGCCGUCCGUGGGGCAUCAGCGUCGACAAGGAGGGAUACGUUGUAGUAGCCGAUCGCAGCAACAACCGCAUUCAGAUCUUCAAACCCUGCGGUGCCUUCCACCAUAAGUUCGGCUCUCUGGGAUCUCGGCCCGGUCAGUUUGAUCGGCCAGCCGGUGUUGCUUGUGACAGUCAGAGACGAAUCAUUGUGGCUGACAAGGACAAUCACCGUGUGCAGGUGUUUACUUUUGAGGGCCAGUUUCUGCUGAAGUUUGGGGAAAAGGGCACCAAGAAUGGGCAGUUCAACUAUCCCUGGGAUGUGGCUGUCAACUCUGAAGGCAAGAUCUUGGUCUCGGACACCAGGAACCACCGUGUGCAGCUUUUCGCUCCCGACGGCUCCUUCCUCAACAAGUACGGCUUUGAGGGGGCUCUAUGGAAACACUUCGACUCCCCCAGGGGAGUAGCCUUUAACCAUGAGGACCACCUGGUCGUGACGGACUUCAACAACCACCGGCUCCUGGUGAUCCAGCCAGACUGCCAGUCGGCUCGCUUCCUGGGCUCGGAGGGGACCGGGAACGGGCAGUUUCUGCGGCCGCAGGGUGUUGCCGUGGACCAGGAGAACCGCAUCAUCGUGGCCGAUUCCCGCAACCACAGGAUCCAAAUAUUCGAACCCAACGGGAACUUUUUAUGCAAAUUUGGCACGCAGGGGAGCGGCUAUGGACAGAUGGACCGCCCCUCUGGCGUGGCUGUGACGCCUGAUGGCGUCAUCGUGGUUGUUGACUUUGGGAACAACCGCAUCCUCAAGUUCUAGAAAAAUCUAUUUUUGCAUUCUCUCCCUCUGUUUGACCUUUUUGCAGUUUUUUUUUGUUUUGUUUUGUUUUGUUUUUCACAAUGAAGGAAAUGGAGGCGAGAGAAUCAAUCAACAGAAAGGGAUUUCAGGGAGGACUGAGAAGAUGCUGAGAGGAAACAAUUUAUUAUUUUUAAUGCUCCACACUUUUCACUGAAGCCUUUACCUGUAGUAAAUACAACAAAUGGGGACCUUUUCAAAUUGAUUGUUGGUUAAAAAAAAGACUUUCAGCUGCUCUCAGUUCUCUCUGUCACCCUUGUUUUUAAUAUACAUCUCAGGGAAUUUCUCACUUCUUGAAAUCUUGUACCCUCUGCUCCACACCUACCUCAUUUAGCUCUUUGUGAAUGUACUCAUAGUCAUUGAGCAGAGGUUUUAGUCCGUGAAGUUUUACAAAGAAAGUCUACCUCUAUACUUUAUUUAAGAGACAAAAAAAAUAAUAGAUUUGUGGGUUGAUAUUUGCACAGGAUUAAUAGAAUUCUUGCUGUGCGUUGUUUUGUUUUUUUGUUUUUUCAGAUAUGAGUUAAAGUGAAGCUCCUUGAAUGUUGUUGCUGGGACAAUACUCAGACCGCUGCAGAGGCUGCGUGAUUGAUUCUGAUCAGAGGGCUUCGCUCGGAGCGAAACGAGGGUUCAGUUCUGUCCUUUUCCUGCUUUUAGAAUAGUCAAUUUUCUUCCCCCCUACCCUUAGAUAGAUCGACCAUUUCUCUAUUUAACUUUUGCGAAUGAUGACAUGUCAUGGUAGCCGAGCACGACUGUGCAAAGCCAAACUCGUUGGAAUCAAAAUUAGCUCAGGUCAUCCUAGGACUGAUUUGAAAUGAUCAGUGAUUUUCAGUCUACUGGCUAACGUUGAUUUGAUCAAUUUAUUGAUGAGUAUAGAUAUAAGGUUAAGAAAAUCAGCUCUAACAUGAUCUGUUUAAAAAUACUCGCCUAACCCCUAAAUAUAUAUCAAAGGCUGAAUAAACUUGUGUAAAAAAAUAAAUAAAUAAAAUGUAUGUCCAGUUGUUGAUGUAAACGAUAAAUAAUAUGCAAAGAAAGCAUUGUUUUCUCCAAACAAGAGAGGACCCACAAAAAGAUUUAGGAGUUGAAUCCUUUGAAAUCUAUUAGUCAUGUUAAAAAGCGUUAUAUAUAGAACACCUUUUAAAGAAGGCAUGCUGUUUGACAAAAGCCUCAGAAGUAGACACGUAAUUUGGCCGUCCAGAGGACAAUGACGACAUCAAAUGAAAGGCCUAACAUAACAAUCUCUUAGAUUUAGAUUGUGGUUGAAAGCCACAGCCCUGGCUCCUAGGGUCAGGGGCUUAGUGCAGUCCAACGAGGGGGCGCCAUCACAUCGCCCUGCUCUAUUUAUUUAUGCUUGGAGUUAAGGAAACGUCUCCAGAUUGCGCGUUAGUAGACAGAUUCCUCUAAAGAUGGAGGUCUACAGACCAACUACUAGAGUCAACCAAAGUUAGAAUUUCUGCACAACAGCCGACUGUAAAUUUGGCAGUUCAAAAAUUUAAAAUCCCCCAUUAACCUCUUUUUGUUUAUCUUGAUUGACGACAAACCUGAAGCUCCCAACAACUCGUGGAGUUGAGUUCAUCGCACUGUCUGCAUUAGGCGUUGAAGAACGAAGUUCUCGGACUUAUCGCUGAGAACAAGCCCCGCCCCCCAGCUGUGAGAGCAAAUAUAGAAAGUAGAUUCUUCUCAUCCCGGAACCAAAGAGAAACCCUUUCUCCUCAUGUGUUGUCUCAUCCAAUGAAGCCAUAGUUCAAUCAAUUUGUAACUUGAAAAAUCAUCCUCCCCUCGAGCAGUAGAUACCUUUUUAUAAUGGUGAAAAAAUCAAGGAGGGGUUGGAUCUCCUUCAGAAACACUCAACAGUUUAAUUAUUAGACACUUUUUUAAAGCUUAAAAGAAAAACGUCUGAAGAUAUUCACUGACUCUCACCUCUGAGAUGAUGGAUUUCCAUCCUCAUAUCUCAGAUAUCCUUCACCUCAACCGCUGUUUUACCUCGUUUUUUUUUUUGUGUACCUCAACUUCUGAAUACCUCAUAUUUAUCUUUAAUAGCUACUGUGCAUUUAAACAUUUAAAUACCUCAACUUGUUUUACUCGUAUGUAAGCAUAGAAUGUUUUUACAUCAUAAAUAUCUUCUCGUUUCACAGUACAGCACAUGUCUUGCAGCACAAGGACCAAAGAUCAUGGUACUGUUUUGAGUCAAUAGUUUUGUAUGAUGGCCAUUAUUGCUCUGUAUUGCAGGUAUUUAAGCAGCGUUUGCUCUGUUGAAUCUACUGUAAACUGCCUGGUUAAUUAUGCCUUUUAUCACCAAAAAAACAAAUAUUUCUCAUAAGAGCAUUGUGCCAAAUUGAUCUGUGAGAGUUCUGUGCCAAACUGGAUUGGCGUUUGGACCACGCUUGUAGAUGGAAAAAGUGUCACUGGACCAUUAUAUCAUAGAUGUUAAAUCAGAGCAGGCGAGGAUAAAUCCUCUCCCUCUGAUUGGAUGCACUUAAGAGGGCUGGGCCCUGUUUGUCUUUACCUCAUGACGACGACGACGAACAUGCAGGUUCCACAUGUACUUUGUCACUGUGCACCAGGGGUGAGGGGUUAGAGGAAAGUGGCCUCUUUUUGAUAAGUAACAACUUAAAGUAUCCGCCAUGUAACACAAGUUACCUCUAAUUUCAGCACAAUGAAUCAGUUUUUCUUUGUGAAUUUUGGGAUGCUUGGUGUUGGUUGUGGAUGACGUUGGAACGAGGUCAAACUCAACAAUUCUGACUGGUUUCAACAAACAGAGGAUUGCGCCUAAUGUGUGACAGCGAACUGGUUUCACGUUUAAAGGGAUGUUUCAUGAUUUUUUUAAAGUAAGGCUGUAAUAAGUACUAUUUGAUUACAAUCACUGACAAGUAAACCAGACUAACCACUACUCUGAACACAGAUGGCAGAAUUUAUUUUAUUGCCAUCUCAAAACUCAGUUAUUUUUUCUAGAGAGCCAUUUUGAUUCCGUUAAUGUAAUCAAAGGGUCUAGAUUUAAAAUGAAACAUGGACACAGUGCGCCUCCUGUUUCUGCCAUACACCACAUCAUCUGCAAACAAUAAAACAAAGUAAUAAUUGCUGUCUUUCACACAAUGUGAAGCUACAAUUUGUUGCAUUUCCUCUAAAAUACUUUAAAUGUAUGUGGCACAUCACAUCAGGGAUUAAGUUAUAUCUGGUCAAACUAAGGUAAGCACAUUUCAGAUUCCUGGCUUUUUAAUCUUGAUAUGAGCAGUUCAAGCAACACGACUGGAUUUGUCUCUCUAAUCAGGAUAACUCCUGAAAAAUCUGUCUAAAUCUGAUUUUUAACUUGUUCUAAUGAGGAUUUCUUCAUGUCAUUUGAAACGGGAAACCUCAAACCAUAUUUGGAUUAUGUUGGUAUUGAAAAGUAGCUUCAUUAGAGAAAGCAGCUAAAAUUAGGACUUUUCUGCUCAAAAUCAUCGUUUCUUUUGGUCCUGCUCAGAGAAGAAGCUUCAAAGCUUUUUCAGGAUUAUGUUUCAGACAUUUCCCUAAAGAAUUAUUAUUAUUUUACAAAAUACCGUUAUCACUAAUCUCUCAACAACUGCUCUACAUCUACCUCUCAUUACACUACUUAUUUAAUCCUGUUUGAUGUGAUGGCUCACGUUUACUAUCAGUCAAAUAUCAGGUUUGUUUUUUAUAUAUUUGUACCAUGUUUGGCUAAAAUAAAACAGUGAAUAUUAAACAGCACCUAUCAGCUGACUGACUUUAAAGACUCUGCAGAGGAUUGUUUCAACCAGUGGUUGACUAAACACCUGGUUUUCAUUAUUUAUUUCAGUUUUAUUAAUUUUUGUAGAUGUAGAUGUUCGAUUUAAGAUGGCCGACGGACCACUUCAGGCCCUCUGGCCUUCCGUUGCUUUUUGUUUAUUAGUGGUUUAAGGGAUCAUGAAACAUCUCUUCAACACGUGGAGCCGGUUUGAGUCCACAGAUCCUGCUGCUUUGAACACACCUUGUUUCAACCAAUAAGAUUGUUUUAGAUUUUCAGUAUUACUCAGAUGUUCACUCAAGGUUGCGUCAGGUUGUUGUUUUUUCUUUUACCUUUUUUUUUUAUUAUUAAGAUUGCAGAAUUCUAUCUUUAAGAUCCUUAGGUCUUCACUCUUAAAGAGGAAAAUAAUGUAUUUUAAACUUUUCUUUGUAUUUCAUUUGUUGCAUGCUUUAAAAGUUCCUUGUAUUAUACUGAUGUCACGCAGAUAGGUGGCAAAGGACUCGGAUAGGGUGGGUAGCUGAUUGUUGGGGGUGUUGUUUUGUUUUUUUUUUUCCAAAAUAUAUACCCAAAGAUGUGUAAAUGUGCGCUAAUGAUUUGUUGGAUUGAAUUAACGUUAGACCUUUGCGAUUGUAUUUCCUGUUGUCUUGAGGCUCUGCAGAGCACAACCUGUUCAGCCGGCGAUUCUUCAAUCCCAGAGAGACUAAAGAGUUCAUUAUUAGAGUUUAAAUUCAUUUACUUACCUCUAAUGAGCAUCUAAAUGUUCUAAAAUAAAUCUGCCACGUGGUUAUUGGUGUGUCGGACCCAAUAUUAGGAACUCUUCAGGUUUAAGUUGUGAGAUUAAGACUGCUGCGUUCAGCUGAAUCUGGCUCCUGCACGCCGAUUUGUUCCUGAGCUUUUUAGGUCUUUAAGAGAGAAGAAUCGUACAGCUGCACCAGAAGACAUUUGCAAGGUCAUAGACCUCCUUUUUAAAUGAUUGUAAACUCUAAAAGACAAAAAUGGAAAAAGAAAAAAUGGUUUAGGAAAAAAAAUUUAGGAAGAAAAAAAAACCCCUCAAAACAAAACUCAGGUUGUUCUAGCAGCUGUGUGCUGCAGGCGUCUCAUUGAUAAAAAAAGUGUCCCGUAGUGAAAAAGUAGUUCCCUCUAAAUGACCCCUCAGUACUAGUUUGAUUCCUUUGUGUCCAUUUAAAUAUAAAAAAACAAUUUAUAAAAUUUAAAAUUAGUUUGAUUAGUUUUCCCCAAUUUAUCUUCUUUUUUGUUUUUUGCUUACUUUUAAAAAAUAUUUCUCUUACAAAAAAAAAGUACAAACGCUUCACACCACUUGGUGCUCGUCGGCCCUUUUAGAAUGUAUUUUUGUGAAGAAAAGGGAUGAGCGAGUUCUUGUUUGUGCCCGCCUGCUCCCACCGGCUGACGGGACGGGACGGGGAUCCACAAAGUCCAACAGAGUAAUGCCCCCACCCCCCGGCAGCUGGUGGGCCGUGCGGCGAGCUGUGUGUUUUGUGCGUCUGCGUUAUCUGCGCAGACAUCCACUGAAUGUAUCCGCCUCUCAGUCCAAGAGGCAGGGCGAGCCCGCGUGGUCCGCUGAGUUUAGAUGGUGCUGCUGAUGUUUGUUUAUCCAAACCGCUCUGUGUGUGCGUGGGAUUAUCAGUUUAACCUGUGUGUUUGUGUGUGUGUGUGUGUGUGUCUGUGUGUCUGUGUCGACACGCCCUCUUAAAACACACGCUGGGCUGAAUGGAUGUGCAGAAAUCAGGUCUGAAGUCUAAAUAAGGCAGCGGAGACUAUAAUAUAUUGACCACGUGCUGCUCUCUCUGCACUCUGCGGACUUUAAACAUUUCCUAUGCAGUUCUUUUUGUUUUGUUUUUCUUCUUUUGUUUACGCCUAAAUAAAGUUGUUUUUCUCUGACUUCAAA